AUGGCAUCACUCAGAUCCUCGGCAUUCCUCACAAGAUGCAUAGCAUCGUCUUCUCGUUCGACCGUUCUACGAGUUUCCGCUCGAUCAUUGACGGCUACCCGAUCCACCUUUGCUGAAUCUGGUCCAUCUGGGAUCGAAACGGCACUACGAAAUGGUUUGAAACAGGCUAUGAAAUCGAAAGACAGGCCGGCCAUCGUCGUCCACAAGGCGAUUCUCGCUGAUAUCACAAACGCUGCUAAAUCCACACCGAACCCUAACGACCCACUGGACGAGGUACAGGUCGUCCAGACUGUUCGAAAGAGCAUAGCGGCGAGGGCCGUUGCGGCGGAACAAUACGCUCCUUCUGCACCUGGAGCUCACGAAGAGAAUCAUGCCAACCUCUUAGCCGAGAUCGACGUCUUGCAAUCGUAUUUGCCUCAAGGACCUUCUGACGAACAGUUGAAGCUGGAAGUCGAGACGAUCAUCAAAGGACUCCCUGAAGAUGUCAGAAGCAGCAAAAGUGUCCAAGGGGCUGUUAUGAAAUCACUGUGGGAGAACUUGGGCGAAAGCUCAAAAUAUGCGGAUAAGAAACAGGUCGGAAAGAUGGUCAGUGAUAUGCUCAAAACGCUGUGA